CCAGCUGAUUACCGGACACACAACCCGCUGAUUACCGGACACACAACCCGCUGAUUACCGGACACACAACCCGCUGAUUACCGGACACACAACCCGCUGAUUACCGGACACAUAACCCGCAUCAUGGCCUCUCAGAACUUGGACCCUGCCGCCUCGUCAGCUGCUCUGAAAGGCAGCGAAUCAAACGGCAGCUCAGCCCGAGGAUCCGUCUCUAAAAGGUUGCAGCAGGAGCUGAUGACUCUGAUGAUGUCAGGUGAUAAAGGGAUCUCAGCGUUUCCAGAGUCUGAUAAUCUCUUCAAGUGGAUCGGAACCAUCGACGGAGCUCAGGGCACGGUGUACGAGGGUCUGCGGUUCCGGCUGGCUCUGGACUUCCCGGCGGCGUACCCCUACCAGGCUCCUCGGGUGAAGUUCGUGUCUCCGUGUUUUCAUCCCAACGUCGACGAGCAAGGAUUCAUCUGCCUCGACAUCCUGAAGGACAAGUGGUCCGCUCUGUACGACGUCCGCUCCAUCCUGCUGUCCAUCCAGAGCCUGCUGGGAGAACCGAACAACGAGAGUCCUCUGAACACGACGGCGGCCGAGCUGUGGAGCAACCAGGAAGCGUUCAAGGCUCAUCUCCUCUCGACGUUCCAGAAGUGAAGCUGCUCCACUUUUAUUGUUUUCGUCUGUUUGUAAAAUAUUUUUAUGUUUUUCUGUCAAUAAAGUUUCUUAUUUCAA